UCCUGUCCGUGUGAGCAGCGUCGACAUGGUGAUCGAGGAAGCGAUAGCCAUGAGCGCCACUGCGUCCUCUGCCCACGACCAAGGCGGCUUCUUCCCAGACGAAACCGGUAGUUGUCGCGGCGACGAGGAUGUGUGGAUGGGCGGCGGGAGCACCGUAGGAUCAACGUCGGCGGCAGCAGCAGCAGCAACCCCGCGAUCAGCAGCUGGGGUUGGUCAAGCCGGGGGGUUGGGCUACACCGGGGACUACGGGAUCAGCAGCAGCGUUGGCAGCGAGGAGAGCGAAAUGCCACCGAGCAUGCCGGGCCUGAGACUCGAUAGGAGGACCAUCGAUCAGGAAGACGUGACGCUAACCGGCCUUCCGAGCUACGAAGAGGUGGUGGGGGUUGCGUGAAUGGAAGAGGGGUACCAGUACUAGCACCGCGGUAUGGCGUGGUGCGGGGCCCAAGCCAUACCAUGUCGUUUGGGACACGUCGGUGACUAUUGCAGAGUUAAACGUUGUGGGAGCUACGGCUUGUUUCGAUCCCAGCUUUUGCAAUACAAUAUGCUUCUGCUGCAUUAGCUGUUGUGUUUGUAUGUUGUCAUUCCAAGCUGCGUGUGAGCGGCAGUUUUGAUGUCGCACAUGAUUUUCUCGCCCUCACA